CAUCACAGUGAGCUAAUUGUCGACUGUUUGUUUCUCGCCAGUCUACCGUGACUAUAGGUUGGCUAUAAGGAGAUCUUUCGACGGCUUUUGGGACGCGUACCCUAUGUGUGCCGUCCUUCUAGGUGUUUACACUGAACCGGUAUGACGAAGUACAGAAGCCAAAGUAUAUAAGUAUAAGUACUGCUCUGUUCAGCUUGUCCAAACACUCUGUCAAACACUUCCCAUUCCCCACACAUAUGUCUGGUCAAUCUGCUCUUAUUUUUGGCGCAACUGGUUCCACUGGACGAUGUCUUCUCAAGGAGGUCUUGUCUUCAUCACACUUCACUCGUGUUGGAGAAUUCGGCCGUAAAGUGACGCCAGCUGAUCAGCUGGAGUCCGCUCCAGGCAGGCAGAAGCUUGAGCAGAAGACGAUUGACUUUGAAAGGCUGGAUCAGGCAGGUUUGAAGGAUGGACAUUGGGAUGUUAUAUUUGUGACGCUCGGGACUUCCAGAGCUGUCGCUGGCGCUGAUUUUGAAAAAGUUGACAGGGAAUAUGUUGUCAAUGCAGUCAAAGAGGCCAAGUCGACUGACCCUAAUCAUUCUCAGCGCAUAGUCUAUCUAUCGGCUUCAGGCGCAAACUCAUCGUCAACAUUUUUGUAUCCGAGGAGCAAGGGUUUGACCGAGCUUGCAUUGGCUGGCUUGGGAUAUAUGGACACCAUUGUAUUACGGCCUGUCUUACUAAAAGGUCGAACAGAUGCACGAGUUGGAGAGAUCGUUGCUGGUUUUGUGACAGGUGCCCUGUCGCAUUUUUCGUCGAAUAUGGAGAUUCAGGUGGCCCUACUUGCGAAAAGUAUGCUCAAUGCUGGUAUAUUGGGCUCUGCUGGAUUACAUACGGCGGUUGGAGCCCAGGAAGCGGGGAGAGAUGGUGUAUCUUUUACUGUUCUUGACAAUAAGGGCGCAGUAGCACUUGGGAAGAUGAACGUGAACAAAUAACUCUAGAUGGUAUUUUUGAACUUCCUAUGUUUCCCGUAUCAAUUUGUAAUCUGGGGGAUGGUAGUAUAAUGUUAUUCCAAGUUCUGGGCAGGGGUAGUAGAAUUCAGUAUGUCAGAACA